AGGCACAGGCACAGUUCUUUCCUCCGCCGCCGGCUAAAAGCCUAAAACCCCAUUCCGAUCUGCUCGAUUGAUCCCCUUCCUCAGUUCCUCCCUCCCUGCCUAUAAAUCCGCCGGCUCCCCCUCACCAAUCAUCACGUAGAUUUCGAUUUCGAUUCCUUCCACCGAAACAAUCCCCCGUUCCGCAGCAAGUCCAGAGAGAUCCGAUCGAUGGCGAGCUUCAGGGUCGCCGACGCCUCCGAGUACCUGGCCAUCACGGGCUGGGGCAUCGACGACGUGAAGCUCGCGAAGAAGGCGUGGGUGUGGGUCGGCCAGCAGUGCAAGAAGUUCGACAUCACGCCCGUCAACUACGAGUUCGAGGUCCACGCCAUGAGCUCCGAGAAGCUGCCCUUCAUCCUCCCCGCCGUCUUCACCAUCGGGCCCAAGAUCGCCGACGACGGCACCCACGGGGCCUCCCUGCUGCUCUACGCCAAGCUCAUCGCGCCGCACGACAAGAACUCGUCCCACGUCCGCGAGCUCGUCAAGGGCGUCAUCGAGGGUGAGACGCGCGUGCUCGCCGCCUCCAUGACCAUGGAGGAGAUCUUCCAGGGCACCAAGUCGUUCAAGCAGGCCGUCUUCGAGAACGUCCAGCUCGAGCUCAACCAGUUCGGCCUCUACAUCUACAACGCCAACGUCAAGCAGCUCGUCGACGUCCCCGGCCAGGAGUACUUCUCGUACCUCGGCCAGAAGACGCAGCAGGGCGCCGUGAACCAGGCCAAGGUCGACGUCGCCGAGGCGCGGAUGCGCGGCGCCGUCGGCGCCAAGGAGCGGGAGGGGACCACGCUGCAGAAGGCGGCCGAGGUGGACGCGCAGACCAAGGUCUUCCGCGUGCGCCAGGAGGCCAUCGGGAUCAAGGAGCAGGCCAAGGUGGAGGCUGAGGUCAAGGUGUUCGAGAACGAGCGGGAGGCCGUCGUCGCCGCGGCCAAGGCCGACCUCGCCACCAAGAAGGCCGCGUGGGACAGGCAGACCAAGGUGGCCGAGGUCGAGGCGGACAAGGCCGUCGCCAUCCGCGAGGCCGAGCUGCAGAUGGAGGUCGAGCGGAAGAACGCGCUGCGCCUCACCGAGAAGCUCAAGGCCGAGCAGCUCAGCAAGGCCACCGUGCAGUACGACACGCAGGUGCAAGACUCGAACGCGGCGCUGUACAGCCGGCAGAAGGCCGCGGAGGCGAAGCUGUACGAGCAGCAGAAGGCCGCGGAGGCGCGCAAGGCGCAGGCGGACGCGCAGUUCUUCGAGCAGAAGCUGGCCGAGGACGCCAAGCUGUACGCCAAAAAGAAGGAGGCGGAGUCGCUGGCCACGGUGGGCAAGGCCAAGGCCGACUACGUGGCGUCGAUGCUCCAGGCGCUGGGGGGCAACUACCACGCGCUGCGCGACUACCUGAUGAUCGACGGCGGGCUGUACCAGGAGAUGGCGCGCAUCAACGCCGGCGCCGUGAGCGGCAUGCAGCCCAAGAUCAGCAUCUGGACCAACGGCUCGGACGGCGCGGGCGGCGACCUCGCGGCCGGAGGCGCCGGCCCCAGCGGCGGCGCCGCGAUGCAGCAGGUGGCCGGGGUGUACAAGAUGCUGCCGCCGCUGCUGUCGACCGUGCACGAGCAGACGGGCAUGCUGCCGCCGGCGUGGAUGGGCGCGCUGCCGCCCAAGGAGGAGGCCAACUGAAACCCGCCGCAGCAAGGGAGACAUCUAUCUAGAUGGUUAUCUUAGCUCGUCUCUUGAUUUGUCGUUAUGGAGUCGUUAGUGCAUGUCAUCGCAGAAGGUAAUUUAGAUGCGUCGUCAUCUCUCUGGUGGCUCUUGUUUUGAAUCUAUCGACAAUGGUGCUGUGAAGUCGGUUUUAUAUGGUUUGGGACAUUCCGUCGCAGAAGG